UGCCAGGAGGAUUCUACAGCGCCUAGGAUUUGACGUAGGAUUUUACGGCUCUAAGACACUCUGGUUUCCCGUCUGGCACUGCUAGAUUCGCCGUUCCUCGCGUCUCGCCUGUCGCUCAUUCGACUGCGUUUCUUUCCCGCAACUGAGUUCAUUUCCUGACCUCCGAUUUUCCCUCGUCUCUGCUGGCUUGCGUCGAACAGUUUUCGGAUCAGGAGCUCCGAGGCCGGAUUCUUCUCGCGUUCAUAGUUCGCUCGACGAAUUCCCCGUAGCACGCGUUUAUCCUCUCUCCUUCCACCUGUGGAUAGGUCAUAGUCGUGCAGCUGUCGUUUAUAGCAGUAGCAGCUGUCGUUUAUAGCAAUAGCAGCUAUCGAUUAGAGCAACCGCAGCUGCUUCUUACUAAAUCGCGGCUGUCGCCUACUGGAAGCCGCAGCUCAGCUGGGUUAACAAUGGCUUUCGGCGAGAUUUUAGGCGCGUCGCUGGAGGUCCCUCGAGUGACGUCAACCCUGCGAGUGCUGGUGCGCGAUGGCGGCCGUCCCUUCGACGUGGAUCAGCAGCUGCUGCAGCGGAAGCAGGCACUCGCGCUGCGAAGCCCAGCUGGCGCUACGUCAGCAGACGCACGCCACGUGGCACCAGCGGUGGGUGCUACGUCACUGGCGCAGCGACUGGUGCCUGAGUGGGAGAAAGCCCCUGCCAGUGUGCGGGACGCAUACGAGUCGUUCCUGGUCGCCGUCCAAUCACUGCUCGCCACAGAGCUGCCCUCUGCCGACCUGCAUGAGGCGGCAGGAGUGGCGUUUGACUGCAUUGACCAGCAGCUGGGGGCGAGAAGAGCGGAGAAGGGAGAAAAGGAGGGAGGCGAGGCAAGCGGUGGUCUUGCCGCGGCCCUGAGUGAAGCGGAUUCGCUCUCGGAUUCGGACCUCGGCAGUAUCAGGUCUCACCUUUCCACCCUCCUCGGCCAUACCUCCCCAGACCUCGCUCUCCUCCGUCGAGCCAUCUCCCUCACACUCCAGCUUCUCUCCUGGCAGCGCACCCACCACACCAAACCGCACCACCACCACCAGAACCGCUCUGCACCACACCAAGAACCCAUGUUUGGGUCAGAUCUACCCUUCCAGGUGCCUGCUGCUGGUUUGGACGGCAACCAGCUGCUGCAGCAGUUCUGGGAGGAGGUCAGAGCCCGCACACAGGCGCGGGCUCAGGUGGACUCUCAGGUGGACUCUCAGGUGGAAGCUCAGGUGGCAGCUCAGGUGGAUUAUCAGGUGCCAGUUCCGGUGCCGGCCCAGGCGCAGGAACAGGUGCGAGAACACAUUCUAACAGGUGCUGAUGGUGGUGCUGGUGGUGGCAGCAAGGAGGGCGAGGAGGGGCCGCGUGACUUGCGCUGGCUGCACCAGUCGUGUGUGCAGGCGGCCCAGUGGGGGGGAGGGGCGCAGCUCACUGCAGACGAGCUGUCCCUGGCUGUGCUCAAGCUGAUGCAGUCGCCUGGCUCAGGAGAUGAGGUUGCAGGUGAGCUGUUCAACUUGGUGGGAGAUCAAGGCUUUGAGUUCAUCCAGCAACUGCUACAGCAUCGGAAGGCCCUAGUAUCCGCUGCUCAGUCCGCCCUCUCAGCCUUGAAAGAGGCAAUGGAUUCGGACGCAGCAGGCAGUGGCGCCAGCAACAGCCACAUUCGUCAUGGCGCCAGAGUGACCGUGCAGACGGAGUCGGAGAAGCAGCUGGAGAAGCUGCGGAAGAAGGAGGACAAGCGGAUCGCGCGGGCUGCAGCAAAGACAGGAGGAGGAGGGGGAGUGGGCGGGCCAGGAGGGGGGAGAGGGGGAGUGGAGGGGGAAUUAGCGUGGCUGCUGGGCGCUGGGGGGUUUUCGGCGUUGGUGGAAGCGGGGGAGAACAGAGGGGGAGGGGUGAUCGAUGCGCUGAUCGGCACAGGGGACGAUGCUGUGCCUGUGAGGGCGCUGCCUGUGGGCACAAAGAGGAAGACUUAUAAGGGGUAUGAGGAGGUGCAUGUGCCGCCGGUGGUUGCGGAAGGGGGGGCGGGGCGGGCGCAGGAGAAGCUGGUUAAGGUGGCUGAGAUGGAGCCGUUCGCUCAGAAGGCGUUUGAGGGCUUUCAGACGCUCAAUCGGAUUCAGAGCCGCAUCUACCAGCGCGCCUUCUACUCCAACGAGAACCUCCUGGUGUGUGCGCCAACAGGAGCAGGCAAGACCAACAUUGCGAUGAUCACUGUUCUGCAUGAGGUGGGAGCCAACUUCAAGAACGGAGUGCUGCAAAAGAACGACUUCAAGGUUGUCUACGUGGCUCCGAUGAAGGCGCUAGCAGCGGAGAUGGCGGCAGCAUUUGGGCGGCGCUUGGCCCCUCUGGGCCUGGCGGUGCGAGAGCUGACUGGCGACAUGCAGCUAACCAAGCGGGAGAUGGAGGAGACACAGAUGAUCGUGACGACGCCGGAGAAGUGGGACGUGAUCACGCGCAAGAGCUCAGACGUGUCCAUGGCGUCGCUGGUGCGGCUGCUUGUCAUCGACGAGGUGCAUCUGCUCAACGACGACAGAGGGCCCGUUAUCGAGACGCUGGUGGCUCGAACCCUGAGGCAGGUGGAGAGCUCUCAGAGCAUGAUUCGCAUCGUGGGCCUGUCAGCCACGCUGCCAAACUACACAGAGGUGGCGCAAUUCCUCCGUGUCAACCUGGACACCGGUCUUUUCUACUUCGAUGCGUCGUACCGCCCCGUGCCACUCUCCCAGCAGUACAUUGGGGUCUCAGAGCCCAACUUUGCCCGUCGCAACACGCUCAUGCACGAGAUUGCAUAUGAGAAGGCCAUGAAUGCAGUGAAGAACGGCAAGCAGGCCAUGGUGUUUGUGCACUCCAGGAAGGACACUGUUAAGACUGCGAGAAUACUGAUGGAGACGGCUCAGAGGAAUGGCGAGGUGGAGCUGUUCAACCCGCAGGAGCAGCCGCAGUACAAACUCAUGGAGAAGGAUGUGCAGAGGUCGCGCAACAGGGAGCUGGGCGAGCUCUUCCAGGCAGGAUUUGGCAUCCACCAUGCUGGCAUGCUGCGCCCUGAUCGCUCGCUCACUGAGAAGCUCUUCAGCAUGGGGCUCGUGAAGGUGCUUGUGUGCACAGCCACGUUGGCGUGGGGAGUCAACCUGCCAGCUCACACUGUCAUCAUUAAGGGCACUCAGCUGUAUGACGCCAAGGUUGGCGGCUUCCGAGAGCUGGGCAUGCUGGAUGUGAUGCAGAUCUUUGGGCGGGCGGGUCGGCCACAGUUUGAUUCGAGUGGCGAGGGAAUCAUCAUCACGGCUCACAACCAGCUCGCACACUACCUGCGCCUCAUGACCCACCAGAUGCCAAUAGAGUCGCAGUUCGUGGCGAUGCUGAAGGACAAUCUGAACGCGGAGGUGGUGCUGGGGACGGUCACCAACGUGAAGGAGGCGUCUGCCUGGCUGGGGUACACCUACCUCUUCGUGCGCAUGCAGGCCAACCCAUUGGCGUACGGCAUGACGUGGCAGGAUGUAGCCAUGGAUCCAGGCCUGGUGGCUCGGCGCCAGGCCUUGAUCACCGAGGCUGCGAGGUCGCUGGAUCGGGCCAAGAUGAUGAGGUUCGACGAGAGGAGCGGGCAGCUGUACGUCACAGAGCUGGGACGGGUGGCGAGCCACUUCUACAUCCGAUACACGUCCGUGGAGACUUAUAAUGAGCUGCUAAGACGACACAUGAGCGAGAGCGAGAUCGUAGACCUGAUAGCUAGAUCGUCCGAGUUCGAGAACAUAGUGGUGCGCGAGGAGGAGAUGCCGGAGCUCUUCACUCUGCGCUCCAAGUGCUGCCCGCUGGACGUCAAGGGCGGGCCGGAGGACAAGAUUGGGAAGAUCAACAUCCUCAUCCAGGUGUACCUCUCCCGGGGUUUCCUCGACUCCUUUUCUCUCAUCGCUGACACCGCCUACGUCUCUGCCUCGCUCGGCCGCAUUGUGCGCGCGCUCUUUGAGAUCGCUCUGAAACGAGGAUGGUGCUCACUGGCCGCCUCUCUGCUGGAAAUGGCCAAGGCGGUGGAUCAGCGCAUCUGGCCGCACCAGCACCCUCUCAGGCAGUUCGAGGGGGUGCUCACUCAAGAGGUGCUGUUCAAGCUGGAGGACCGAGGGCUGGACCUGGACCGGCUGUGCGACAUGGACGACAAUGAGAUCGCUGCCAUCAUCCGCUCGCCCUAUGCCGCCAAGCUUGUGUCGCAGUGCGUCUCUCAGUUCCCCUACCUUGAGCUCGACGCUCACAUCAGCCCCAUCACCCGCACCGUGCUUCAGGUGACGCUCUACGUGACGCCCACCUUCCAGUGGAAGGAACGAUUCCAUGGCAACUCACAGCGGUGGUGGAUAUGGGUGGAGGACAGUGAGAACGAGCACAUCUACCACACGGAGUACUUCAUCCUCUCCAAGAAGAUGAUGGCGCAGGGCACACACACGCUGUCCUUCACCAUCCCCAUCUUCGAGCCGCUGCCCCCGCAGUACUACGUACGCGCCAUCUCCGACAACUGGCUCUCCUCCUCCUCCACCCACACCAUCUCCUUCCGCCACCUCAUCCUGCCCGAGCGCCAUCCGCCCCACACAGAGCUACUCAACCUGCGGCCUCUCCCCGUCACAGCCUUGGGGGAUCCCCAGGCGGUGUCGCUGUACGGGUUUUCGCACUUCAACCCCAUUCAGACUCAAGCCUUCCACACGCUGUACCACACCGACCACAGCGUGCUGCUGGGGGCGCCCACCGGCAGUGGCAAGACCAUCUCGGCUGAGCUCGCCAUGCUCAGGCUGUUCCGCACGCAGCCAGGCAUGAAGGUGAUAUACAUUGCCCCUCUCAAGGCGCUGGUGCGGGAGAGGAUGGAGGACUGGGGCAAGAACUUCAUGCCCAAGCUCGGCAAGUGCAUGGUGGAGCUCACGGGCGACCUAACCCCAGACAUGAAGCUGCUGGUGGCGGCUGACGUCAUUGUGGCGACUCCAGAGAAGUGGGACGGCAUCACCCGCAGCUGGCACAACCGGUCGUAUGCGCAGACGGUGGGGCUGAUGGUCAUGGACGAGAUUCACCUGCUGGGCCAGGACAGAGGGCCAGUACUGGAGGUGAUAGUAUCGAGGAUGAGAUACAUCUCUGCCCGCACUGCCCGCCCCAUCCGCUUCCUCGGGCUCUCCACUGCGCUUGCCAAUGCCAGGGACUUGGCUGACUGGCUGGGGAUAGAGCGAGUGGGCCUCUUCAACUUCAAGCCCAGCGUGCGGCCGGUGCCGCUAGACGUGCACAUCCAGGGGUACCCCGGCAAGUUCUACUGCCCGCGCAUGAACGCCAUGAACAAGCCGCUCUACGCCGCCAUCCUCACACACUCGCCCGUCAAGCCCGUGCUCGUGUUCGUGUCUUCGAGGCGGCAGACCCGGCUCACUGCGCUCGAUUUGAUUCAGUACGCAGCAGCAGAUGAGCGCCCCCGGCAGUUUGUGCACGCGGGGAGGAGGAGAUGGAGGAGUACGUGGAGAUGGCAUCCUCAGCAGAGCUCAAGCACGCGCUGCAGUUUGGCAUCGGGCUGCACCACGCUGGGCUGACGCAGGGGGACCGGUCACUUGUGGAGACGUUGUUUGCUGAGCGGAAGAUUCAGGUGCUCGUGUGCACAUCCACACUUGCGUGGGGUGUGAACCUGCCGGCGCACCUGGUGGUGGUGAAGGGCACGGAGUACUUCGACGGCAAGCAGAAGCGCUAUGUGGAGAUGCCCAUCACCGACGUGCUACAGAUGAUGGGCGGGCGGGCCGGCCGCAGUUUGACAAUGAGGCCAAGGCAGUCAUUCUGGUGCACGAGCCGAAGAAGAGCUUCUACAAGAAGUUCCUGUACGAGCCGUUCCCAGUGGAGUCCUCCCUGCACCUCGUGCUGCACGAUCACCUGAAUGCAGAGGUGGCGGGCGGCAGCAUCGCCAGUGUGCAGGACGCCAUGGACUACCUCACCUGGACCUUCUUCUUCCGCCGCCUGCUCUGCAACCCCUCCUUCUACGGCCUCUCUGACACCAGUGCUGAGUCGAUCAACGUGUUCCUCUCGGACCUCGUGAGCCGCACUCUGGCGGACCUGGAUGCAGCCGGGUGUAUCGCCCUGCAUGAGGACGGCAGUGUGGAUCCGCUGCCGCCCGGACUGAUCGCCUCGCAGUACUACCUGCACUUCACCACCGCCGCACUGUUCACCGCCAAUCUCACUUCGCCGGCCGCUGCUGCGGGCGUGACGCUGGAGACCGUGCUGCAUGUGCUGUGCGGUGCUGCUGAGUUCGAUGAGCUUCCAGUCAGGCACAACGAGGAGUUUGUCAACGCUGAGCUGGCGAAGCAUGUGCGGUGGAAGGUGGACCAUCGUACCUACGACGACCCGCACACCAAGACCAACCUGCUGCUGCAGGCGCACUUCUCCCGCCUGGCCAUGCCCAUGAGCGACUAUGAAACGGACCUCAAGAGUGUGCUCGACCAGACAAUGCGCGUGCUGCAGGCGAUGAUCGACACAGCCGCUACAGCCGGCAGGCUACAGCCUUCCCUGCUGACAAUGCAUCUCACUCAGAUGGUGAUUCAGGCUGUCUGGUACGACCUCGGCUCGCCCCUUGCGAUGCUGCCACAUGUCACGCCCUCAUUGGAGGAGGCCCUGUCAGCUGCCAGGCUGGCAUCACUAUCCUCCCUGCUGACUGCCUCGCCGCACCACCUCCGCCAGCUGCUCUCCUCCCACCUCUCGCCCUCUGCUCGUGCCAACUUCCUCCAGGCUCUGGGAAUGCUGCCUCGGGUCUCCGUGUCAGUGCGAAUGAUGCCGUCACAAGCCAAGUCUGCUUCUGCUCCUUCAGCGUCAACGGCAGCAGUGGUGGUGGAAGUGUCGCUGCGUCGCUCUCGACCGUACCAGCCGCACUCCCUGCGAGCACACACGCCCUUCUUCCCCAAGGUGAAGGAGGAGGGGUGGUGGGUGGUGCUAGCAGCUGCAGACAACUCUUCGUUGCUCGCUCUCAAGCGUGUCUCGUUCACUCACCGCCUCACCACUCGCCUCCACGUACCAGAGCUGCAGGCCUCAACGAAACAGCUGUCCGUGCAUCUGAUCUCCGACUGCUACGUCGGCCUAGACCAGCUGGUAACCGUAUCAACAGAUGGUGCUGUUACCGCACAGGGGACACCGGGGCAUUAUGUGAUAGAGCAUGCAGGAUUCACAAUGGCAGCAGUUGCGGCUGGGGGAGAGAAGAAGAGGGAGCAUGUGCUGGGAAGUGGGGAAGAAGUGAGUGAAGGGCGCCAGGAAGGUGUAAGAGCAUUGGGAGGGGUGGGAGGUGAUGGUGGGGGGGUUCCGGAAGAGGAUGAAGAUGAGUUCUUUGAAGCAGAAGGGUAGCCGGGCUUGAAAGGAUGGCAGUGCAGUGACAUGGGUGGAGUGCUUGUUUGUAGUGAAUUUGAAGCAAUGUUAGCUUGUUUCUAUUAUUACUACGGUGGCUCAUGUAAAAGAUUAUGCUUGAAGAUGUAAAUGGACAACACUUUCUAUGAAGAGGAUUCAGAUAAACACUUUUGAAGUUGUGAGAUUCUUUAAUUUCUUGUGAA